GUCACGUGACUAUGUUGGAAUUCCCACCGCAAACUUCACUCUGACCCCAGAGCCUCUGAUUGACAGCGGGAGCGUUUGAACUGAAAAGGUUUUCCCUUGCAGCUACACGCAGUGGCCAAUCCUAUGCCUUCAGAGGAGAUCAUACCCAGCUGCCCCAUUUUUCUCUGCGAUGCCACUGAUUGAGAAGCCCAAGCACAGGGACCUGUGUGCAAUCCUGUGGGUUUUUAUCAGCAUCACUUUGCUCAGCGUCUCAGUAAUCCACGGAGCACCUCAAGAGGCAGAGAAGAGAGGCUGGGAGAAGGACAGAGGUGGAAAAGCAGAGGAACAACAUGAGAAACUUGCUGAGCAGCUAGAUCCACUUAGAAGCUUCAGCUUUCAACCCACUCAGUGUGACAUCCCUCCAGACAGCCGCUUUGACUGUGCCCCAGAAAAACUGCUCUCUCAAGAAGAAUGUGAAUCUCGAGGCUGCUGCUACAUCCCUGCUUGGCCCAAGGGCAGUGCUGUUUGGCAGCCAUGGUGUUUUUUCCCUCCCAGCUAUCCCAGUUACAAGAUGGUGAACCUGACUGAAACCAAAAUUGGUUAUACUGCCCAGUUGACCCGGGACAGGCCCACUUUCAUGCCAGAAGAUAUAAUGAACUUGGAGUUGGAUGUGCUCUUUGAGACAGAAAGUAGGCUUCACUUCACACUUAAGGAUCCAGCUAACAAACGUUAUGAGGUACCUUUAGAAACUCCCCAAUCAAGCAACAAGGCGUCCUCCACAUGGUACUCAGUGCAGUUCUCAGAUGAUCCCUUUGGCCUUGUUGUUAUUCGUACGUCCAAUGGACGUGUACUGCUCAAUACCUCAGUGGCCCCCCUAUUUUAUGCAGACCAGUUCCUGCAGAUCUCAACCUCCUUGCCUUCCCGUUUCAUCUCUGGACUGGGUGAGCAUUUGACUUCACUCACCCUUAGUGUCAACUGGACCAAAGUUACCAUGUGGAAUCGAGACAUAUCACCAAUGCCUUCAGCCAAUUUGUAUGGUUCGCAUCCUUUCUAUCUAGUGCUGGAAGAGGAUGGCUUGGCCCAUGGAGUCUUUUUGCUAAACAGCAAUGCUAUGGAUGUGAUACUGCAGCCCAGUCCCGCCCUGACAUGGAGAACAACUGGGGGCAUCCUGGACUUCUAUGUGUUCCUGGGUCCAGACCCAAAGAGUGUGGUGCGCCAGUAUAUGGAGGUCAUUGGGUAUCCAUUUAUGCCCUCGUACUGGGCCCUGGGGUUCCACCUCUGCCGCUGGGGCUAUGCUUCCACAGCCAUUACCCGGGAGGUGGUGAAGAACAUGACAGCUGCACAGUUCCCCCUGGAUGUGCAAUGGAAUGAUCUGGAUUAUGCAGAUGCUGGGAGAGAUUUUACCUUCAACAAGGAUGCUUUUGGGGAUAUGCCAGAAAUGGUGAAUGAAUUCCAUCGCGAGGGACGGAGGUAUGUCAUGAUCGUGGAUGCUGGCAUCAGCAGUUCUAGCCCCACUGGCACUUACAAACCUUUCGAUGAAGGCUUGAAACGUGGGGUCUUCAUCUUAAAUGCAACCGGACAGCCUCUGAUUGGGAAGGUUUGGCCUGGACCCACUGCCUUCCCUGACUUCACAAAUCCAGAGACACAUCAGUGGUGGCAUGAUAUGGUCAAGGAUUUCCAUGAUCGAGUACCUUUUGAUGGCAUGUGGAUUGAUAUGAACGAACCAUCAAAUUUUGUGGAAGGUUCUGUGGAAGGCUGUCCCAACAACAAGCUUGAGUCCCCACCUUAUGUGCCAGGUGUAUUGGGUGGAUCCUUGAAGUCACGAACUCUUUGUGCUUCCAGUAAACAACACCUGUCUUCUCACUACAACCUUCACAGUCUGUAUGGACUGACAGAAGCCAUAGCUUCCCAUGAUGCAUUGGUGAAAGUGCGAGGGAAGCGUCCAUUUGUUAUCUCCCGUUCCACUUUUGCCAGCCAUGGUCGGUAUGCUGGCCAUUGGACAGGGGAUGUCUUGAGUACCUGGGAACACUUAUACUACACCAUCUCAGCGGUGCUGCUUUUUAAUCUUUACGGUGUGCCAUUGGUUGGUGCGGAUGUUUGUGGUUUUGUGGGGAGCACCUCAGAGGAGCUUUGUGUGCGCUGGACCCAACUUGGUGCCUUCUACCCUUUUAUGCGAAACCACAAUGACCGCAGAAAUAUGCCUCAGGAACCGUAUGUCUUCAGCCAAAAGGCCCAGCAGGCUAUGAGAAAAGCCCUCUUCCUGCGCUACUCAUUCCUACCUUACCUCUACACCCUCUUCCACAAAGCUCACUCUGCAGGGGAGACUGUGGCCCGGCCCCUCUAUUUGGAGUUCCCAGAAGAUCCAAAUACAUGGAAUGUUGAUCGGCAGUUCAUGUGGGGAUCAGGACUUCUCAUUACACCUGUGUUAGAGGCAGGAAAGACUGAAGUCAGUGGCUAUUUCCCUUUGGGCACAUGGUACAACCCUCUGACAGGGUUUAUCAUACACAGCAAGGGACAGUGGAUUCUCUUAUCGGCUUCUCUUGACACCAUCAAUGUUCAUGUCCGUGCAGGUCACAUCCUCCCUUUGCAGAAACCGGCAUUCACAACUACAGAGUCUCGCAAAAAUGGGAUGAUCUUGGUGGUGGCUUUGACAACGGAAGGGGUAGCCCGAGGUGACCUGUUCUGGGAUGAUGGUGAAGGACUAUUUACCUUUGAAAAGGGCGAUUACACACAAAUCCUCUUCUUGGCAAGAAAUGGUAUGCUUGUGAAUGAGAUCAUGCGACUCAACAGCCAGGUGGAUGGACUACUAUUGAAAGAAGUGUUGGUUUUUGGUGUACUCAGCCCUCCGCAUACUGUCCUGGCAAAUGGUACUCCCAUCUCAGACUUUUCCUACCGCACAGACACCAAGAUCCUUAACAUCCCACUUUCUCUGCUGAUGGGAGAGCAAUUUGUCAUCACAUGGUCUUGAGCCAAAGAAGGAAAGCUCAUUCAUUUCACUGGACGGUAAUGAAGAAGGAACAGAAACAAGUAGUAAAAUGUGCAGGGUGUUGUCUUGUGCACAGCCUUAAAACUGUUUGGAUCAUUCAUCUAAAAGUGUCUUUCAGAAGUGAAUUACUUCCUGGAACAUUGUAAAAGGAAGCCAAAGUCUCCAGGCAUCUUCUUUAAUCUUCAUUUCAGCUGAGUAUUGAACAAUUUUAGCUUUACUUGAACGCUACUGAAUUUCAUGGCAUAUUUGUCAAAUGCCUUACACAUUUUCAGUGUUUGCUAGGUUUUUUUUUUCCAACAUAAUUUUCACAAACAAGCACAAUAUCUGCUGCUUUGUUGUGGUGGAUCUUGCUUUACUGGAGUUGCCAGACAGAGGGGAAACCUUGGUCUCAAGCAGGUAUGGAAGCCAGGUUGACAGCUGCUAUAUCAGAUUCCAGGUUAUGCUAUCUUUGGGAGUUGUUAAUUUACUCUAUUUAUUUACUCUAUUUGGCGCCCCCAGUGGCACAGUGGGUUAAACCCUUGUGCCAGCAGGACUGCUGACCAACAGCAGGGGGCAUGAGAGAAGCCUCCCACAAGGAUGGUAAAACAUCAGACACUAUUAAAAUCACACCAUCCUCAAUUAUAAUCCGAGGCCACCUCCAUUGCCUGUAAUAAUCCAGGACCAAACUAAGGGCAACAAGCAGAAAAUACUUCCUGGAUUUAGAGACGGUUGUGAUGUUCAUUGCAAACACUAUUUUCUCUCUCCACACCAUCAAUUCACUAACAGUGGAGCCCAGCCAAAAGCCUGCUUCAAAUACAGCUACCAGAGCUUGCAUUUCUGCAGACAUGGGACUUGUAUUUCCAGAGCAAAACAUUAUCACACAAGAAUGAAGCUGCUUCCUGUGGCUUUAUUGAGUUGGAGAGAAGUAGAAACUGCUUGAAAGUGAUGCUCUUAUCCAAAAUAUAAAGCUUUUAUCCUUUGAGACAGAUAUAUAAAGAAGAAAAAUGCCGGUUAACUGGAAAUUUAGGAAGGGCAAGAAUAUUCUUUGCCUCUUUGAAAUACACUGAAGCUUGAAAUGCAUUUUCACUACCAGUUUAAAGAGAGUUAUGUGUGUGCGUAUGUAUGUAGUAAUUCCAAUAAAUAUUUUUCUUUAA